GGCCAGCUCGUGUCCUAUCACCAUGGUGACCCAGAGCUGGUCGGAGGCGGAUGAGGAGGCCGUAUCCAGGAGCAAAGCUGUCUCCCUGAGCCGUCUGCCUGCUCGCUCGCUCGCUCGCCUGGCACACUAGAGAUAGAUAGCACCAUGCUCCUGGACCUGCUGACCCUGCUGCUCCUCACCGAGGGCAUGAAGAGUGAGCUGCUAGCCACCCUCUCCCCUCCACACCACCUCCCCAGCCCCUUCAGCUCCGUGGCCCCCACCGCCCCCGGCAUCCCCUCCCCUGGAGGCCUGACCAUCCUGGUGUGUGUCAUCAGCAACGUCCUGCAUGCGGGGGACCUGGAGGUGGCCUGGAUCUCCACCCGGUCCCGGUCCGGGUCUGGGUCCGAAGGGGCGGCUCUGCCCGCCUCGUACAGCCUGAUCAGGGGCCAGGACGGCAGCCACAGUGCCAUGGCCGUCAUAUCGGUGGCCUCCAGCGAGUGGCAGAGCUACAUGUGUUUCGUGAGCCACAGGGGGGUUGCCACAUCCGCGGUCACGCAGAGUCAGUACGUGGUGGGCUUUCCCAACACAACCACAGAUUCAGAACCAGACCAGCUUGACCAGUGUGAGGAGGACGAGAGCAGUACAUUCAGCAUAUAUGCAGGUAUAAAAGCACAGACUAAUCAUGUGGUCGUCCUGGCACUGAGACAUGUUCUCCUGAAAAUCACCAUCUUUAACGUCUUAAUGACUGCCAGAGCUGUCAUAAAAUGAAUCACUCUCCUGUAGCCUAUAUUGGAGGAUGAAAGCAGACGAAGAUGGACCAGUCAACUUUGACGAGACAUUUUCAGGUCGAAUUCAGCAUGGGAAGAGAAUGCUACCUGGGUGUGCUGUAUAAGGCGCCAAUGUGUUGUGUUGUGUUGUUGAAAACUUUUCUGAAACGUUGGGUGUCAUGAGUGAAACCACAACGCACAGGUGUGUGUGUGUGUGUGUGCGUGCGUGCGUGUGUGUGUGUGCGUGUGUGCGUGUGCGUGUGUGUGUGUGUGUGUGUGUGUGUGUGUGUGUGUGUGUGUGUGUGUGUGUGUGUGUGUGUGUUUGGUGAUAUCUGAUCCUACUCAUACCACAAACUAUCCAGGGCAGGGCAGAUACUGUUCACAGGUGUUUGGGAAAUGCCUCCAACUGACUCAUAGAUGUUUGUUUUUAAAUAUUUUCACGUUUUUCUUUC